CGCGGGCCACUGGAACUCUGCGGAGCGGGUGCAAGCGCGGGGCGGGGCCUCUGCGCCCGGUCCCUGCCCGAACUCUAAAAGCGGCGGCGGCUGUUGGGCCCCACUACGCCUUACAGGUGCCUCAGAGCCUCUUGACUUCUCGCUUGGGAUCUCCAGCCUCACCGCAGCUCGAAAUGGACGCUAACUGCUCCUGCGCCACUGGUGGCUCCUGCAUGUGCACCAGCUCCUGCAAGUGCAAAGAGUGCAAAUGCACCUCCUGCAAGAAGAGCUGCUGCUCCUGCUGCCCUGUGGGCUGUGCCAAGUGUGCCCAGGGCUGCAUCUGCAAAGGGGCAUCGGAGAAGUGCAGCUGCUGCACCUGAUGUGGGGACAGCUCUGCUCCCAGAUGCAAACCAACCUGCACAAACCUGGAUUUUUAAAAAUACAAACCUGAAUCGUUUGCUGCAUUUUCUUUUUCUAUUAAAUAUGUGAAUGACAAUAAAACAAUUUUGACUUGAA